CUCGACGGAAGGGGGAGGGGAGGGGGCGGGGAGGCGACGCAAAGUUGACAAGUUUCAUUAAUCAAAGGUUGGAAAUUAUUCAGAAUCGUUGAAUCGUACUGUAUUGAUUUUAAAAUCGGUGCCCCUCAGGAGGUCUCCCUUCCCUUCCCUCCCCACGGGAAGCAGACGCCAGGCGAGUCUCGCUCCUGUCGACGAGGCGCCGUUGGGCGCGCGAGGUUGCGCAGAAUCGGCGGCUCGAGGCGGGUGCGCUGUCGCUGGCGGCCGCCUGGACAUGGGGAAGAAGCACAAGAAACACAAGUGCGAGUGGCGCUCCUACGAUGGCUUUGUUGAUAAACCUCCUGAAAAGCCACUUAAGCUGGUACUGAAGGUGGGAGGAAGUGAAGUUACUGAGCUCUCUGGUUCAGGCCACGAUUCCAGCUAUUAUGAUGACCGGUCUGAUCAUGAGAGAGAACGGCACAAAGACAAGAAAAAAAAGAAGAAAAAGAAAUCAGAAAAAGAUAAACACAUUUCAGAUGAAGAACGUAGGAGAAGGAAAGAAGAGAAGAAGCGAAAACGUGAAAAAGAACAUUUAGACAGUGAGGCUGAUGCAGAUGAGUUUGAUCCAGGAAAAAGGAUUGAAGUUGAACCCCCAACAGAUCGACCAGUCCGAUCAUGCAGGACAAAGGAACAAGUGGAAAGUGAGAAUACACCUCUGCAGCAGCUAUUGGAGCAUUUUUUGCGCCAGUUACAAAGGAAAGAUCCUCAUGGAUUUUUUGCGUUCCCUGUUACGGAUAGCAUUGCACCUGGUUAUUCUAUGAUAAUCAAACAUCCAAUGGAUUUCAGCACAAUGAAAGAUAAAAUCCUAGCAAAUGAAUAUAACUCUAUUACAGAAUUUAAGGGUGACUUCAAACUAAUGUGUGAUAAUGCAAUGACUUACAACCGGCCUGAAACGGUGUACUAUAAGGCAGCAAAGAAGCUUCUUCAUACAGGAUUUAAGAUGAUGAGUAAAGAACGUCUGUUAGCUUUGAAGCGCAGCAUGACAUUCAUGCAGGAGAUCGAUUUUUCUCAGCAGGCAGCACUGUUAGGGGAUGAAGAUAUAGCACAAGAGGAAACUGUUGCAGAAGUUACUGUAGCACCUGUUGAAACAACAACCAAGAAAUCCAAGAAACAAAUUAAAGAAGUCAUAAGUUACUUGUAUGAGCCAGAAGGGAAUGCAUGCAGCUCGACAGACAGUACAGCUGAAGAACAUGUCCUAGCCUUGGUGGAACAUGCAGCAGAUGAAGCUCGAGACAGAAUUAGCAGAAAUGCAGCCAAUAGCAAGAUUGGCUAUCUCAAAAAGGAGGGUGAAGGGCCUCUGCUUUUUGCUGUUGUAAACCAGUCAGAUCCAGAAACGGAAGAGGAAGAGGUUCACCCAGUCGAUCUAAGUUCCCUUACAACUAAACUUCAACCAGGUAUUAAUACUAUGGGAUUUAAAGAUGACAGGAGGAAUAAAGCUUUAUCAGUUACGUACCUGAACUGUGUGUAUACAGCACAGUCCAUAGAAAACAAUACCAUCUUCCCUAACCUUACCCCAGAGGAGACUGAGUUGCUGUAUUCUACAUAUGGAGAAGAGACUGGGGUGCAGUGUGCCUUAAGUUUACAAGAAUUUGUUAAAGACUGUGGGAGUUCCACAAAGAAAAUGGUGGAUGAUUUGUUGAAUCAGAUCACUGCAGGAGAACAUUCCAAAGCUGUCUAUCAUUUAUCACAGAAAAGAAAUGUUGAACAAAAAGCAAGUAAAAAUAUUGAUAUGAGUCUUGACGUUCAGGCUCCAGCAAUUUUCAUUAAAGAGGAACCUAAACUGCAGCCUGCCUGUUCAGAAGCAUCUAAACCAUUAAUGGCCGGAGGGGCAAAUGGUAGUGCAGGUGACAACCGGACUGGCUUGGAUUUCAUCCCUGUAAAGUCUUAUUCUGAUGUCUCCUUGGAUAUUUCUUUAUUGAACUCACUAGGGAAAGUAGUGAAGAAGGAACCUGAUCAUGAUGAUAACCAGAGAAAUCUGGAUGAGACCACCAAGUUGCUGCAGGACUUGCAUGAGGCUCAGACAGAACGUGUUGGUUCCCGACCUUCCUCAAACCUCAGCUCAAUCUCCAGUAACUCCGACCGCGAGCAGCACCACCUAGGGAGUCCUCCACACCUGAGUGUUGGCGAACAGGGAGAUCUGGUCCAAGACUUCCAUGAAUUCCUUCAGUCUCCGAGUAAUGCAGCUGCAGGCAGCUUGAACCGGAGUAGUGAAAAUUCCUAGUAUGCUUACUCUAGUAAAAGUGGGCCAUCCUAUUAAGCAGAAGAACAGAUUCUUCCUUUUUACUUACAGACCUGAGAAUAUGCAAGAGACCUUCUAACAGCUUUCAAAUAUAAAAUGGACAUUUUUUAACUUCAGUCUGCUGCAACUUAGGAAGUCUCCAGUUAUCCGUUCAGUGCGCUUUGAAUGAACAGAAGUAUUGGAUCAUGCAACAGAAUGUUCAGUCUACAUAACUCACAAGUGUAUAUGCCAUAUGAAUUGAGAAAUUUUCCCUUGGUUUUGUCAGGUAGGUGUAUUGUAGCAGUUUUCAAAGUCUGUACAGUUUUUAAAGAUAGUUUUGUAUAUUGAAUUCUUCAGUCUUAAUCUUGUUCACAAUUGUCAAUAGUGUGCAUUCUUGAGCAUCGGUUCACCUCAAAAACUUCGUUAAGUUUUUAUGCUUCUUUGGGACAAUGACACUCAAUGAAUAUUUCACAUCAGCCUGGACCAGUGUUAAGUCAGCUGAGAAAAGAUACAACAAAGCUCAAAGAUUUCAUAAGUAUAAAAGCAAAAUACAUUGGACGCUGGAAAUCUGAAAUUAAAAGCAGAAAAUGAGAGAGACGCUCAGCAGGUCCAUCAGCGUUUUUAGAGAGAAGACAGUGGACAUUUCCAGUCGAGUGACCUUCUCACCAAAAAUGGAUUCUCAAGAAGGAUUCUGAUUUCCUCUUUUUAACACAACAGGGCUGUGUCUUCAAGAUUUGUACAUAUCUUACAAAGGUAAAUGAGAUGGUGACCACCAACUUGGUUUGCUGUGGCUUUAGCAUUAAGUUGAAUGGCAACUUAUUUAAACACGUGUAUAUAAUAAGAUUUUAAAAAGUAUACCAGUGAACUUAUCGAAUCUGGCUAACAAAAUAUUAUUAACAGGUGAUCAAAACUGCUGGAAUUGUGAUGGACUUUUCAGAUAUGUUAUUGGUUAGUCGAAUUUACAUAUGCUUUCUCAUUUACUACGGUGUCUCUGUCUUGGUAUUGUUGACUUCUGAUUUCCACUGCUCUGCUUUAUUUUUGGCAUUUCCAACUUGGCCAUUUGAGGCCUAACUCUCUUUUGAGGUCUGCAAAGUCUGCAAGUUGGUUCAGCAACUGGAAGAGCAAAUCUGAAUCUGUCCAGUUUUAUCAUUAAUUUAAAUAGAGGAAAAGGAGGUUGCCUUUUACAAACAUAUACUCUGACCAAUUUCCAAGUUCUAAGAAUAUUUCUCUUACAUUUUCAAAGCUUAUCUGUCCCUGGCACAGCACUUUGUUUCACUCUUUCACUGUCCUGCAGUUUAUUCAACUAAAUUACUUGGGAAGCUUACUGGACACAGUAUUGGUCUUGUUAAUGAUUUAAGACGAUUCACUGAAAUCAACACAUGUUGACAUGUCAAUAUACCAUUGUAUUGACUGUACUAAUUCAUUGCUUUCCUUUGUUCCCAACACCAGUUUUUCACUACUGUUCUGUAUACUCUCAAUUCUUUACAAACACAAUCCAAGCUUAGAUAUGCUGAAAUGUGACCCUUGUAAAUUUCAUAGUUCAAGUGAACAAUGAUAUCACGUGCCCUCCAUCACAGUUUCUGACAAUGUGCUUAUAAGUAAUAGUUUUUAUUUGAUAAAUAUUUAUAAAUUAUAAUUUGUAGAAAAAUAGAAUGUCUUUGUAACCUGUAUAUUGUGAAUUUUAAUUUUUAUUGGAAUAAUAUUUGAAGGAGAGUCUCUGAUUAUAAAACGAUUGCAAAGAAAGAAAACGUUAUGUGACAAACAUUAAAUUUUCAAACAUUUAGUCAGCCUAGCUUGGUUAUGACCAAACUAUUGUUUCCUUUCUAUUUUGGAAAUUUAUUUCCGUGUCAUUUAUGAAUCCUCAAGCACCAAGCACCACCUACAAGCUCUCCCCUUAACCAGCAUCUACAUUCUGGAGAUUACCGUUUGAAAGAAACUGAAUUGGUUUACCAUACAAAUUCUAUCUACAGUGGUAAAUCAGAGGCUGGGUACGUGCAGCAAAUAACAGACCUCCUAACUCCCUAACAUUUGUCACCAUCCACAAGGCACAAGCCAGGAGCAUAAUAGAAUGCUGCCACAAUCCUGGGUGAGUGCAGCUCCAACUGCACAGAAGAAGCUCGACACCAUCUGGGAUAAAAUAGCUACAUGAUUGACAUUCAGCACCUUUUAAUAUUCAUUGCCUCCAUCCCCUACUGCACAGUGGCAACAGUGUGUACCAUAUACAAGAUACGAUGCAACAACUCACCAAGGAUUCUUCAACAGCACCUUCUGAAUGCCAAAUCUCUAAUAUAUAGAAUGACUAUAGUAAAUACAUGGGAAGACCCACCACCUGCAAGUUCUCUUUCCCCUAAACCAUCCUACGUUGGUUUGGAAUUAUCAGGUUCGUUCUUUGUGGCUGGGUCAAAGUCCUGGAACUCCUGGUGUACUGCUGGUAUACUGAACUGCAGACUGUUGUGGUUCAAGCAGGCAACUCGUUACCACAUGCUCCAAGUCAAUUAAUGAUGGGUAACAAAUGCUGACUUAGCCAGAAAUACCUAUAUCCUAUGGGAGAAAAAUGUAGUGACUCUUUUUAACUCCAAUUUUGUACCAUGCCAAACUAUUUUAUCUGUAAUUCAGCUCUGGUUUUGGCACACCAGCUAGAUUGCUUCUGUAAAUUUUCAGUUCCACAAGGUAAGUUUUUUUUUAAAUAAUGCAGUUCUAAGACUGUAAUUACUGGGAUUACUUGAAACAUAAUUGCUGUGCAUGAAAAUUGGCACCAAAAUUUUUUUUUUUUUAGAAAAUGUGCCUUUUUGAUUUUCAUGUAGAAUUUAGAAUUAAAUAUUUUCAAUCCAAAUUUGUUACAAACAUGUAAAACCUGUAAAGUACUUUUUCUUUAAGUAUUGAUAUGAAAUGGAGCAUCCUAGUUGUAAUUUUUGAAAUAUUCUGUGUGAAGUUACUGACAGGGCUUUAUAUACUUAUCUCCUGUAUACAUUAUGUAAGAUUUUUAAGUCAGCUGGUCUCAGUGCUGCUACUUACUUGUGCUUCUGAAUCAGAAUGUUGAGUUUCAGCCCCAGUGAACGACUUAAGCACAUAAACUAGGCUAAUGCUUCACUGUUUUGCCAAGGCAGUAUUGCAUUGCCUGAGGUAUCAUUAUUGACAUGAGACAUCAAACCAAGGUCCUGUUUGUUGUUAAGAUCCGUGGUGCUAUCAUCUGUUUAGUUCCAAAUCUUCCUGGCCUACAUUUACCCUUUAAUGAAUGCCACUAAAACAAACCUAUUAGUCAUUUAGUCCUAUGUCUUAUAGUCUUAUUAAGAUCUCAGUGCAUACUAGUAUGCAUGAGUGGAGUGACUAUACUUCAAAACUAAUUCCUUGGCUGUGAACUACUUUUUGGGGAAUCCUGGAGAUGUAAAUGAUAUUGCAUAUCUUAAGAUUCACAAAGAUCAUGACUAACCUUUCAGUUACAUUAUGUAUUGCUGAAGACAGCGAACAUUUUCACUCGAUUGAUUAUCUCCUUGCCUCAGUGCUUUCUUGCAACAGGAUGUGGUUAAAAUAUUUUGCUGCAUUUUGAAAUGUACAUAUGAAUUCCACAUUUGAGGAAGGAGUUUAGUCAGCAAGUAUCUGAAUGCCUCUAAUUUGCACUGUUGUUUGUGUAUCUGAA